AUGUUUGAUGGCAACCAUCGAAGCCGUCGCCAAGUGAACCUUGGAGGAGGAAGAGGCAACAAGAAUCGUCGUCGAGGCCGAGAAAGCACCCGUCCUGCGGAACAACAUCAUCAUGCCCAUGAUCGGAACUCGAUGGGCUCUCUGCCCGCCUUUACGGUUGCCGUGGAAACGGGUCGUGAAUCCUUGUUGGAACAGACUCGCAUCAAACGAGAAGAACGGCGUCGACAUCAGUUGGAAGAAAAGUCUGUCACCAAAAUACAAAAAGUCUAUCGAGGAUGGAAGACGCGACAGCAUGUCGCUGGUCCGGCUGUCUUGGGAUCACUGUGGCAACAACAACAAACGGAAACCAUCAAACCCACCACAGAAGCCACACUCCAUCAACAGUCCUUUCUCUUGUCACUACGACUGUCACCGCCAUUGCUCCAGGCAGUACCCAACAAAACUGUAGUGGAUCAAUGGCUCUCGGAACAUGCUGCUGCCAUUGCCAAAUGCCAAGAUCAUCACAAUCACCAUUUGCCACCCUAUGCACUUUCCUUUCGAAUUGUCCAAAUGACCUUGGCACGAUGGAGACCACUUCAGCGUGCAGCAUCCACAACAGCAAUAUUCCAGCAACACCUAUUCACAAUCCUAGAAUACUACUUGAAAGAUGCCUCACUCUUGUGGAAACGAAUGGGAGGUUCCAAGGGACUCUUACUCCUCCUGCAAUCCACGCAAGAAUGUCUCUGGUGGUGGCAACAGCAACAGCAACAACCAUCACUUCCGGACGUACGUGUCUUUCAAACUCUCUGGAAAUGGUCGUGUCAGGCGGUCAAUGAAUUGGAAAAGGGAUCGGCGUUGCAAAAUUCUGCAAAGGCGCUACUCGCGGCCACAGUCAUGGGACAUCAUACUGGAGUUCGCACUGAUCCUACUUGUUCCUGGUGGAUGGAAGGACCACAGCAGGAAUACUUUUUGGCAUUGGUACAACACGUCGUAGAAGAAAGACAACAACCAACAAACGAACAGUUAUUCGCCACGGUGCUGUCCAAAGUAUUGCACGGGCGAUGGCACAUUGUGCUAUCCAAUGCACUCGAUUGGCAAAAACAAAAUCAACAACAAACAGACAGCAUGCCACCGUCAACGGCACUCCUCAAGUUUCUUCAUCACGUACUCACACAUCACAAUGAUCUUGCCAUUCUCACGUCGGUCGUUGUACGGGGAGAGGAUGUCUCGUCCGUCAUUUUUGCACAACAAGCAUUGCAACAACAACCAACAACCCAUCAGGAGGAGGAUGAAGACGAAAAAAUGCUCGAAGAAGAAAUGGAACAGCAACAACAACAAACUCUGCCUGAUGUGGCGGCCACCGCAACGACUGCUACUGCUACUAGUCAACCACCAGAUGCGAACCAUAAAAAGCACAAGUCCGGAGCGAAUCGAAAAAUCGCCAAGCAAGAUUUGCAAACCAUACCGUACCUCGAACGGAUCUACCAAGAGGAACGACAACGUCAAAAGAAUCAAACUCUGGCGGCACUGUCGGAACAAGCCAAAGAAGGAAACAGUGCUACCAAGGCAUAUGCUCAAUCGCUCGUGGAUAUGGCACUGCAAAUUGGAAACCCAGCACUGUGGAUAUCGUGGGGAGAGCUGUUGUUGCCGCAGUUGCAAAAGGAAGGAGAAAGUGACAAGAAGAUUAUGGACACGACGACGAUGACAAGCGGUGACAGCUUUAGUGCGUGUCAAGUCUAUGUUCAACUACUGGCUCGUAUCAUGCAGUCCACCACAGGGUUGCGAUCACGAACCAGUGCCAGCUCUCCGUUUCUAUCGCAACUGGCGUUUGCGGUGGUGGCACCAUGA